UACAUGGUUGGUGACUCAGUCUUUCAACCAGAUCACACCAUGACAAUCAUCCUGAAAGAUUUAUCUAAUAGCAGUUAUUUGUGGGAGGGGUUUGAGGAUUACAGCGGCACGCCACCCACAGAAGAAUUUGAUUAUAGUCCCUGUGAGAUAAGCACUGAGACACUCAACAAGUAUGCUGUGGUCGUCAUCUAUGCCCUGGUCUUCUUGCUAAGCCUCCUGGGAAACUCCCUGGUGAUGCUGGUCAUCUUGUACAGCCGGGUCGGUCGCUCUGUCACUGAUGUCUACCUGCUGAACCUGGCCAUGGCUGACCUGCUCUUCGCCAUGACCUUGCCUAUCUGGGCCGCCUCCAAGGCAAAGGGCUGGAUCUUCGGCACACCCCUGUGCAAGGUGGUCUCACUCCUGAAGGAAGUCAACUUCUACAGCGGUAUUCUACUGCUGGCCUGCAUCAGCAUGGACCGCUACCUGGCCAUUGUCCAUGCCACACGCACGCUGACCCAGAAGCGGCACUGGGUCAAGUUCAUAUGUUUAGGCAUCUGGGCCCUGUCCGUGAUCCUGGCCCUGCCCAUCUUCAUCUUCCGUGAGGCCUAUCAACCACCCUCCUCCAACCUAGUUUGCUACGAGCACCUGGGUGCCAAUACAACGAAAUGGCGGAUGAUAAUGCGUGUCCUGCCCCAGACCUUUGGCUUCCUCCUGCCCCUGCUGGUCAUGCUUUUCUGCUACGGACUCACCCUGCGCACACUGUUUUCAGCCCAAAUGGGACAGAAGCACCGGGCCAUGCGGGUCAUCUUUGCUGUCGUGCUCGUCUUCCUGCUCUGCUGGCUGCCCUACAACCUGGUCCUAAUCGCAGACACCCUCAUGAGGGCCCAGGUGAUCACCGAGACCUGUCAGCGUCGCAACGACAUUGGCCGGGCCCUGGACGCCACGGAGAUCCUGGGCUUCCUGCACAGCUGCCUCAACCCUCUCAUCUACGUCUUCAUUGGCCAGAAGUUUCGCCACGGACUCCUCAAGAUCAUGGCCAUCCAUGGCCUGAUCAGCAAGGAGUUCUUGGCCAAGGAUGGCAGGCCUUCCUUUGUUGGCUCUUCUUCAGGGAACACGUCUACUACCCUCUGAGACCCCACAUGGGGCUCCUCGCUUCCCCUCAGCAUCAUCCCAAGCCCCAUGU